AACGUUCAGUCUGGCUUGAACUCGAGACCACUUAUCAAUGUUUCUUAUCAUGUAGUAGACAACUUGCUCAUCGAUAAACUGUAUACGGUAGCCAUACAAAUAUGUACACUUGAUCGGUGAGGACAUUUCGAGAAUUCCCUACCGGUAGUUUGGUGUUUUUCAGCGGUUUACUGACGGAACAGUGCGUGAGGACGCUUGCUUUUUCAGUGAAAACUCACAGGAUUUCGACUGUGUUCACGUGACUUUGCUUUAAUAAUAACAUAAGAAUCGAUACAUUUAGUGUAUUUUUCGUAUCUGCAGGAUUAUCCAUUCACUUUAUCUUAUCAAUGCUACUGGCUACGGUUUCGUACAGACAGACCGUCGGAGACGAGGAUUAAAACUAUUUUUGGAAGAAUUGCAGAUAUUCCUCUGAAUCUUAAAAUAAAGGGUGUUAUGGCUCCAUCCUAUGCCUUGCUAUUCAUCGCCAGUCGGCAACAAAAGUGAGCCCCAACCAAACUCCUGCCUUUAGAACUGAAGUCGUGUGUGUAAAAUAACAAUGAUGGGGUACACGAGGUUAUCAAUACUCGUGAUACUCCUAGUGAACACCGCAACCGGCGGCUCGCUAAUAUCCCACUUGGACGGCAGCGACCAAGAGGAGCGUUGCGAGGACAUCACCAUCCCCAUGUGCAUGGGCAUCGGCUACAACCAAACUCGCAUGCCCAACGAGCUCAACCACGAAACGCAAGAGGAAGCCGGCCUGGAAGUGCACCAGUUCUGGCCUCUGGUCGAGAUCAAGUGCUCCCCCGACUUGAAGUUCUUCCUCUGCUCCAUGUACGCCCCCAUCUGCCUCCCCGGCUACAAGAAGCCUCUGCCCCCCUGCCGCGGGCUGUGCAAGCGGGCGCGCGAGGGCUGCGAGCCCAUCAUGACCCAGUACGGCUUCAAGUGGCCCGAGCGCAUGGACUGCGAGCAGUUCCCCGUGUACGGCGCCUCCCCCGACCAGCUGUGCAUGGACGAGAACAACGGCAGCAGCACCACGGCCAAGCCGCCGCCGCGCGCCAAGGCCCCCAAACAGUGCCGAGGGUCAAAAAACUGCACAAAUCCCCCAGGAGACGGAAGAAAAAGCAGCGUGGCGAAGGGCUGCAAGUGCCAGUGCCAACACCCGCUGGUCUCUCUGGGGAAGGACCCGUCACUGCUCAACCUAAGCGUCCUCGACCCCGCCACCUGUGCCGCCCCCUGCCGCGCCACGUACUUCAACUCGGAGGAAAAAGAGUUCACCACGGUCUGGAUAACACUCUGGUCCAGCCUGUGCGCGGCUUCCACCUUAAUGACACUUACGACCUUCUUCAUCGAAACCGAACGGUUCAAGUACCCUGAGCGGCCGAUUGUGUUCUUAUCGGCGUGCUAUUUUCUCGUCUCGGUGGGUUAUCUCAUCCGGGUGGGGGUGGGGCAUGAAGAAGUUGCGUGUGAAGGACCCGUUAUCCGCUAUUCCUCAACUGGGGCCAACCCCUGCUCUUUGGUCUUCCUCCUAGUGUAUUUCUUUGGCAUGGCCUCGUCCAUCUGGUGGGUGGUGCUCUCCUUCACGUGGUUUCUAGCCGCCGGGUUAAAGUGGGGAAACGAAGCUAUUGCCAGCUAUGCCGAGUACUUCCAUGUCGCAGCUUGGCUUAUUCCAACCUUGCAAACAGUCGCAGUGUUUGUCUCUGGGGCCGUUGACGGCGACCCGGUCGCCGGUAUUUGCUACGUUGGCAAUAUGAACAUGGAGAACCUUCGCACGUUUGUUCUGGCACCACUUUUCAUCUACCUGCUCCUCGGUACCACUUUCCUAAUCGCUGGAUUUGUCUCCCUCUUCCGCAUUCGCAACGUGAUCAAGAAACAGGGCGGCGCGGGCGCGGGCUCCAAAGCGGACAAGCUGGAGAAGCUCAUGAUCCGGAUCGGCAUCUUCAGCGUGCUGUACACCGUCCCCGCGUCCAUAGUCAUCGCGUGUCACUUGUACGAAAACGCAUUCCAUAACGAGUGGAUGCUCUCGGCCGCCUGCACCUGCCCCAGUGCGAAAGUCCGCCCGAUCUACUCCGUUCUAAUGCUCAAAUACUUCAUGGCGUUGGCGGUGGGCAUUACCUCCGGAGUCUGGAUCUGGUCGGGCAAGACGCUCGACUCCUGGCGGAGGCUGUGGAGGCGCCUCUUCGGCCGCCCCGACCCCACGGGGGCCAACGCCGUGCUGAUCAAGAACCGGCCGAAGGGGCUCGGGGGGCCGCCGCAGUACGUGGUGGCGGGCGCCGGGAGCGCGUCGCUGCUGGGGCCCGCGGGCAGCGUGGCGUCGGCCAGUCAGCACCACCUCCACCAUCACGUCCUGAAGCAGCCCCCGUUGAGUCACGUAUGACAAGCGGGCGAGGGGGCCACGCCUGUAGUUGUCUCACACCCCGCACAAGGUUCAGGACCGUCGUUGAGCAACUACGGGCCCAUUUGAGUGACCGCCUUGGCCCCUCGACACUCGGUCACAGCUCUCUAGUCUUGCAUGUAUGUUCGAGGUGGACUUUUGUACAGACGAUUGUGUUUAUUUAUUUGCUAAACGUGUAUAAAUGUGGAAACUUUCACUGCAUUCGCAUACUCAAAAAUUAUCGUGUGACAACGAAUGACACGAAAAAUCGUAACCAGCCAUUUUUUGGCGGUAGGACUUGAUCUGAUGAUAGUGAUAUAUCGUAGUCAGGCGCGAAAAUUUAUUUGGACUUUUACACGCAAUUAUACCUUCAACAAUGUCUAUCGUAAAAUUUCAUGGUGCAUCCAUGUGAAUGUCAAAAUAUAGAAAGUGAGAUUUUAUAUACGUAAUUAAACUAAUUGGAGUUUACAUUGGUAGUAAAUGUGAUCGGUACGUUAGUUAGAUGAGCGAAUGUUUAGAGUGGUACUCUGACUGAAAUUUUCGUCGAAAAGUUAACAGUGAUAUUGCCGUCGCUAUUGACGCUGUACGUAUACUCCUAACUACUUAUCCACAGUGUUCAGUGUAGCCAUAUUUUGUGCCAUGUAUAAUCGUGUAGGGACCAUCCAAGGAAUUUUUCUCGGAGUACCAUCAAUCAAAGUGUGCACUCUUUCCGUUGACAAUUUGUAAAAUAUUUAAUAUAUUCUUGUAGUUUUCGAAUAGCUGUAGGUUUUUAUAUGACAUAUUCAUUGACCCCAAUAAUCUUUUGUACUUAUCUUUGUCUAUUUAACCGUGUAAAUAUAACUGUGCAGUUCAUGAAAUACGACAGGUUUGCUGUUAGGUGUAAAGCAACAAUAGCUAUCCAUUGAAAGUGGAUGAGUGUCUACGCAUCCAGUGAUGAUUUGUAUCCAAAUACAAUAUAGCUUUAUAAUGAAUUAAAAAGAUAUAAUUAUAGUGUAGAACAUAUCAAAUUUUAUAUUAACGAAAAUUAUAAAUGCACAAUGUUUACGUUUGUGGAUACUGCCAUUACGAAAUUAUUUUGGUUGAAGAAACACAAGCACAAAAUGGGUUUUGUAUAUAUUUUUUCCUGACCGUGUACAGCAAAUUAUUAUUUGUAAUUGUGUGUAUAGUACUCCUAGUUAUGUAAACUGUCUGUAUGCUUCAAAUUGUAUACGAUUUUAAUUAUAUUUUAUUGUUUAAAUUUCAA